AUGGAGUCUGACGCAGUUACCAGAUAUCGUUCGCGCAUUCUUAGGGAAAUGAAGGCCAACCGCGAGAAUCCCUUCAACUCCCCGCCCUCGUCCACCGGCCGCGCGAGCCCUACCCUGUCCUCCGUCUUCUCCGAUCCCGAGGGCGAGUCCACGCGCAGGCUGCAGGAGGACAUUGCCCGCGUCGCCGCCCCCCGGAAGCUGCCCAUCAACUGGGACGCCGCCCGCCGCAAGUGGCCUGAGUUCUACUCCCAGCCCAAGCAGCAGACCCGGCCCCUCUUCGACGACCACACGGACACGACGCCCCUGGCCGAGAUCCCGCAUCUCAACACGGACAGGAAGCCUGCGCCGCCGGCAACAAAGUACAUCGACGACACCACCGAGGACGCGUGGAACGGCUCUAAGAGGACCCGCGCCGAGAUGCAGCCACGCGUCGAAAACGACCCGGAUCUCUCACAAAUCGCCUCUCGCCCGCCUGUCAUCAGAGGCCUCUCUACGUAUGGCCUCAACUACGCGGCCCCCCACAACCCGAGCCCCCUAUCGAAGAUCCUCAACCAGUCUUCUCCCAGAGAAGAGGCUGCCGAAAAGCAGCGACAGAUGUCGGUCGAGGAAGCGUUGGACAAGAUUCGCAGGGCGUCAUCCAACCCCCGCGAGGAUGACCGGCGAGUCUCCUCCCACAACCAGAGCUCUCCUAACAUGUCCUCUGCCAAAUCCAGCUUGACGGCGGUGCCUUCUUCGCCGCUGAUUGCCAGCCCAGAACGUGACACGCCGAAUGCCCACCGCUCACUGUUGAUGCCGGAUAUUUCGCAUCUUGACGACUUCCUCACCGGCACUCUGAAGUUUGACGGACAGGUGAAAAACGGGGUGCCGGUUCUUGUCAAGCACGGCCAGGUACACGACCAAAAGGUGCAGCCCUUUGGCGUGCGGUACGCCGAGGUGGACGGGAUCAAGCUUCCCGAAGAGGAGGAGAAGAUCUUCGUGUCUAUUGAUAUGAUCCGUGACGAGAUCCUUUCUCUUCGAGAGCAGCACCAGAAGCUGCAAGAGUACUCUGCCACUCUGGAGAACGAGGUACAAAGGCACAAGUCUCGCAGGAACACAGACGGAGGCCUCAACGUGUUCAAUGCAAAUGCGAAUGAGCAGCUACUGGCAAAGAAGAAUGAACUGGAAGCCGAAGUGGCAUCUCUUCAGAGGCGACUCGACCAGGCGGCACGCCGUAUCAGUACUGGUCAUCAGGAGAACGACACCUUGACCCAAGAGCGUGACCGCGUCAUUAACCGCCUGCAGGAAGCUUGUGAAGACAUCAGCAAGCUGACGCGGAAGCUUAACACUACGGAGAAGCAGCUCGAAAACACUCACAAGCAGCUUGGAUCGACCGAACAGAUCCGCCAGGACAAUGAUGCUCUACGGCGGGAUGUUACGGCGCUGAAGCAGGACAAUGAGGCGCUUCGAGAAGAGGUCGAGACGCUGCGGCGCGAGCUACAGCACUUCCGUCAAGAAGCCCAAUCGCUGCGAACUGACGGCAAGGGCCUUCGACAGGACCAGCAGACCCUUGCCAGCGAGAACAGGACGUUGCGAACCAACAACAAGACUCUGAUGGACGAGAACGAGGACCUGCAGGACAAUCUGGAUGGAAUUCAACACGAACUCGACGCCGCUCGCGAGGAGAACGAGGCGCUCCGGCGAGAACUCCAAUCAUUGAAGCAAAAACAGGCGACGCUGCGCGAAGACAAUGCAAACCUGGUUCGGCAAAACGAGAAAUAUUUCAGCGAGAACAAGAUUCUUCGCCGUGAGAACGCUGGCUUUGAGCACAGCGUUCAUGAUCUGCAUGAUCGAAACCUCAAGCUGAAGGAAGAGAUUGAGGCUUUGAAAAGGCAGCUGGAUCACUACCGCCCGGCUGGCAAGAGCGAACCCACGCGCCAGGAUGGCGAGACGGAGGAAAACAUGACAUCUGCUUUCUUUGUGCCCGACAUCACGCUCAAGUCCAACGACGACGCCACCGACACCAAGGACAUGCCCGAUACAGAUGAUCUCGCGACAGGUGCUCACGAAUCCGGACGUCGAGAGAGCAGGACUACGCAGAAGCGUGAGGCUACCGGUGAGAAGGCUGAUGGACGGCACCGAUCUAGAAGCAGUGUCAGGUCAUCACCCUCUAAGAACAGCGGCACCGCACAGAAGGUUGCCUUUGCCCUUCCCGACAAGGCGGCCGACAAGUCGACGCAAGGAUCCAAGUCUACGGUGGCCAACCAAGGCAGCAAGCGUCGCAGCCGGCUCUCAGUUCCAGAGAUGGACCCCUAUGGUGACGAAGAUACGACCGGCCUGCUGUCCAUGGAUAACAUCUCCCAGGAUCUCGCCAUAUCCCUCAACUUGGAUCAUAAGGACGCCACCAUGGGCAAAGAGGCGAAACAGGCCCGUAGCAGCAGCGGUGCGAAGUCGGCGCCCAAGAUUGUGCACAUUGAGUCCAAGUCACAGCCGUCCAAGAAGACGGUCUUCGUCGGCGAGACGGGUGUGCGAACCGUUAGAAUCGGCGAGAGAGAUGUGUGCCCUGCGCUGUCGAAUAACGCUCGACGAAUCCUGGACGACCUCUGCGGACACAACUGCCAGAACUGCACCGUGUGCAGCCGCAUCACGGCUCACUCGGGCGUCAUCUCCUCCACCGACGUGGCCGCCGGCAAGAAGCGCGUGUCGAUACCGCGACCGGUUCCUGUCAGCGAUCGCGGAGCGUCGGGAGGUGACCACACUGUUCGACCGGCGCACUCCCCCGGCUAUGCCCUGGCUCUCGUGAUCAAGGGCCUGGAAGACGAGUCGCAGCACAUCCAGCUGGAACUGACUCGCCUGCAGGCUCGGUACAAUAAGAGCGACAAGUCUAUGGGUCGUCGGGAGAGGCAGGCCCUGUCCGACGCGAUCCACCAGCUGCUGAAGCGCGUCGAGGCCAAGAACGACCAGAUCUACAGCUUGUACGAUGUGCUCGAGGGGCAGAAGGCUGCCGGCCAGGAGAUGACGGACGAGCAGGUGGAGAUGACGGUCCUGAACAUUACGGGCAUGACUGUGCGAGACGUUACGAGCGCGAGUGACUUGACAUGGGAAGGGCUUGUGGAAGCUUGA